GAUUCGCCAUUUUAGUUUUACUGCGUCAAGCCCAAUUUUUCCGCAAGUCUUACACGUCGAGCAACCCGAAAAAAGUUCAAAAUUGUUUUGCAUUCCGUGAACUAAAAUAGUUCCUUUGAUUUCCCCGGAAUAAUUGUAGAUAAAAGUGUUUUGUGAAAAUGGAAUGGACUGUGAUUUGUCGGAUUUGCCUUCAGGAUGGCAUAAUGACAUCCAUCUACGAGGAUUACAGUGAGAGUGGGCUGAAAAUUUACGAAGUUAUCAUGAAAUGUUGUCCUAUUGAGAUUGCUGAGGAACAGGAUAUGCCAGAGCAGAUUUGUGAAAAGUGCUUGAAUGACUUGACUGUGGCUUAUCGUUUCCGGACGAAUGGUGAAAGUUCUCAUGCAAUUUUGCUUUCGCUGAUGAGCAAGACCCAGAAUGAGUAUUCCAUGGAGGAGAUUGUCAAGGAGGAACCUCAGGAGGAUAUAGAUGACAUAAUUUUAGUUGAGGAAGAAGAUGUUCUGGGGAGAUCGGAGGAGAAUGUUGCCGAGUUGGAGCUUGAUGAUUUGCUAGUGGAGCAGCUUCCGGAGGAUGCUCACAUCUUUGAGGCUGCCAAAAAGGCAGCCUGGGGCGACGAUGCUGAUGCACAGCAUGAAGAAAUUGACAAUUUAGAGAAGGGAAUUCUUGUUCAGGGCUACAAGCCCGUUCGUCAGGUGUCUUCCGUGAAGAAGCGCAUGCAGGAAGAAGCUAAGGAACAACUCCAGGCUGGCGAUGAGAAGCAUCGAAUUGAGAAAAUCUACAAGAAAGUGACUCCGGAUGGGGCAAAGGCGGUCAUAGCCAUCCGGCCGCCUCCUAAACUGAAAGCCCGGAAGACUUGUGAGAUUUGUGGCAAUACCUACAAGUAUCAGCACGCCCUGGACGGUCACAUGCGACGCCAUCGAAAUGAGAAACCCUUCGCAUGCCAAGUCUGUGGCCGUGCCUUUGUCAUUGCCUUCGAACUGCGACGCCACAUGAGAAUCCACACCGGAGACAAACCCUACGCCUGCCGAUGGUGCGACCGGCGAUUCAGUGAUUUCGGAUCCCGGAUAAAGCACGAAAGAACCCACACCGGAGAACGUCCCUACGUCUGCACGUACUGCGGCAAAGCCUUUGCCUAUUCCCACGUCCUUUCCUCCCACAUCAUGAUCCACACCGGCGAAAAACGCUACCAAUGCGAAGUCUGCGAGAAGAAAUUCACCAAAGGUCACCACCUAAAAGCCCACAUGAACAUCCAUUUGCGCGCCAAAGGCGAACCCGUGCCCAAGAAACCCCGCAAAGUGAUCCAGCAGAAGUCUCCGGUAAAGUUCGAAGAAGCAACCGUUCAGCAAUUCGUGGUGUACAUGAAGAAUCCCGAAGAGGAGCAAACUGAAGUGGAACAAUCCGCUGAAAGUGAAGAAGCACAGCAAAUCCUCAUUAUCCAAGAAAAUUGAGAGAAUUUUAUUUAUUUCUUCUGCAAUUUGGACAAAUUCUCACGGACACUGCGGAGAUUCGGAUCCACCUUGAGGGCCUUCCUGUACCAUUCAGCAGCCUUCACCGGUUUCUGCCAGCGAUGAUACAGAACUCCUGCACAGCAGAGAAAGUCCGAUGUUCAGUUUAGAAAAAGGUAAAGCAAAAAGUUCAAUGAUUUAUCAAUUCAUUCACUAAAUGAAACUUUCAAUAAAAUGCUAAUGCCACGCAA